GUUUUUUUACUCUCGUCAUGUUGUGUUUGAUGAACGUUUCUUUCCUUUUAAAAAUAAUUAUGUUCCAUCUUUGUCCAAUUUGGAAGAUUGGUUACUACCUGCACAAAUGCCAAUUUCUUCUGAGGUCACUUCAUAUCCAUCACCUUCAUGGCUCGACGAGCAGCAAUUGUCUCUAGCGAUGGACUCACCCAAAGUGAUCCACCUUCAGCGUUCCUCUUCUUCGGCCCGAAUCGGUAGCCAGUCAUCCCCUCCACCAACCACCCCUAUUCCUUGUUCCUCUUCUAUAGCCCAAUUAGCCACACCACCUUCCUCACAUACCGCAAGCCCAUUGCAGCCCAUGGUCCAACAUCCUUUUUCAGAUUCACCACUACGCACCGCUUCUUCUUUACCUUCUCCACCUAUCCCUUCAACCCAGUCCCCCAUCCCACCGCCUUUCACUUUGUCGCAAGCCACUACUGCUUCUAGUGAUUCCACUACCUCGGCUUCCCCCGUAGCCAUUGUGCCACCCCAACGCACCCAUCCCAUGGUCACCCGCUCUCAAAACAUGAUCUUCAAACCCAAGCACGUCUUUCUUGUAACCAAAUCCCCACCCAUCGAACCUGUAGAACCUACAUGUGUAUCUCAGGCUUUGAAGGAUCCCAAUUGGAGGAAAGCCAUGUCUGACGAAUUCACUGCCCUUGUUCGGCAAGGUACUUGGGAUCUUGUGCCUCCUUCUCUAGCUCAAAAUGUGAUCGGCUGUAAGUGGGUUUUUCGAUUGAAAAGGCGUGUUGAUGGUAGUAUUGAGCGCUAUAAGGCACGACUCGUACCCAAAGACUAUCACCAACAACCUGGCUUUGAUUACUCUGAGACUUUUAGUCUUGUCAUUAAGCUUGUAACUCUUCGCACUGUCCUCUCAGUUGCGAUAAAAAUUCUACAUCGUGCCAACAUGUCUGAAGCUAAUGUCGUCGCUUCCCCCAUGGCUUCCUCUUGCUCUCUCCAGCAAGGUCCUGGAAACACUCUCACUGAUCCUACUGUCUAUCGGCUAUCAAAUGUGUUCUUCGUUACCUUAAAGGGAGCUUACAUCAUGGAUUACUUCUUACUCCCUAGGCUAGACUCUCCUUGCAUGGCUACCAAACAACGUGCUGUCGCCCAAAGCUUCACUGAGGUAGAAUAUCGUGCUCUUGCUGCUGCUUCCUCUAAGAUGGUAUGGGUUAAACAUUUGCUAACUGAACUUGGUGUUUCUUGCAUUGGCUCCCCCACUGUGUAUUAUGACAAUCUUGGUGCUACCUAUUUAAGUAGCACCUUGUUCUAUUAUAGCAGAUCAUUAACUUGCUUGCAACUUAUAAACCAGAUCCAUUACCAUCCUUUCCCUUUGAUUUCAAUUUUAACUAGUCUGUUAGUUCCUAUUUUUCCAAGAAUGGCAUAUGCGCUUGUUUCCGCUAUCUUGGGGCAGCUAGCAACAGUCAUCUCCAAAGAGGUAGGACAAGAGGUUAAACUGGUCACUAGUAUUGAGAAAGAAAUCAACAAGCUCAAGAGCAAUCUUAACUCCAUCCAGGCUUUGCUUCUUGAUAUUGAGGAAAGGCAAAUCGAGAAUAGAAGCAUCUAGAAUUGGUACAUUAUGACAUGGAGGAUGUCUUGGAUGAGUGCAACACUGCUCUUUUAAAGUUCAAAAUUGAUAAAGCAGAUCUGGAAAGCUUUGAUCUUUCCAAGGGAAAGGUUUAUCGUCCCUUCAUCCCAUGUUUUUCUUUUGGUCGUCAAGUUGUUCAUCGUCGUGACAUUGCUCUUAAAAUGAAAGAAAUCAAUGACA